CCAUUUUCCUCUAUUUCUCUUCCUUCCCAUAUUUCAAGACUCCAUUUUUCACUCUCAUUUAUCCUCAUAAAACACACUCUCACAAAAUGGGGUGUGGCAAAUCAAAGCACGCUGUUGCAACACAAAACACCAUCACCAAGAGCAAGAGCAGGAGCAUCAAAAAGCAAGAUCCAAAAGCUGCUGAAAUUCCCAAAAAUGGUGAAAAUAAAGCUGUUAAUGAUUCAGUCAUUUUGAAUAAGAAUGAAAUCCUAGCUCCCAACAAGAUAGAAUCCGAGGUUGUUGAGGCCGAGGAAGAAGAGGUCAAGAAAGAGGAGGCUGCUGCUGUUGCAGAGAUUGUGCAUGAGAAAAAGGAAGAAAUCAUUAAGUAUGAGGAAUUGAAGGAAGAGAAUAAAGAGGAGGUGAAGGCUGAUGUUGAGGAGCGAGAAAGCGCUGCAGUCAUCGAGGCUGUGAGGGAGCAAGAAGAAGAUAAAGAGAUCAAGAAUGAGGAGUUGAAGGAAGAGAAGAAAGAUGAGGUUAAGGCUGAUCAAGACGAUGUGGUUUCUCAGCAAGUAGGAGUCACUUCUUUUUCUUCUUCUAGUGCUGUGGAGAAGAUCUCUGGAGACGAAAACGGUAUGGUUAAGGAAGAAAGCAAGGUUGCAGUAGCAGAGGAAGAAGGGAACGAAGGAAAAGAAGAGUUGGAUCAAGAAAUAAAACUCUGUAGAAGAGAAGAAUCAUGCUGAUGAAAAAUGAGGAUAUGCAGCAGCAGCAGCAGUUGAUGUGAAGGGAAACUGAAGAAGAAAAAUCAUAUGCUUAUACAGUCUUCAGUCCUUGUGUAUCAUCAUCUGUAUUUGAUUAUUCAUAAUGGUGAAUUUGUCACACCCCUCAAAAUUUCAGACCAUAUGAAUCUCUUGGAGAGGAGAAAAAAAACUAAGUUGCUUUGAUGAAUUAUGAAAAUUUAUGUGCCUUCUUGAUGUUUUUAAGCGGAGAGGAAUAUAUAGAUACGUUAUAU